AUGGCCUCUGAAGCGUCCCAAGGACGUUACUUCGAUGUUUUGAAAAAGGUCACUCCAGAUGGCAAGUUGUCACUAUUUCUGGAUCGAAGAACAUUUAUCGACCAUUUCGACCAUGUGGAUCCCAUUGAUGGUAUACUGGCUAUGUCAGAAGAUGUAAUGGGUCCAGAUCUUGUCUUCCUUCUACUUACCUGUUCAUAUCGUUAUGGUCGAGAUGAUUUAGAUGUAUUAGGUUUAACUUUUCAAAAAGAAUUAUUAAUUUAUACAAAACGUGUAUGGCCAAAUCAUCCAAUUGAUGAUAUUGUAACAUCAACAAAUGAUGGAAAAUGGCAUAAAAAAUGGAAAAGUUAA